CACAAUGGGUUCGUCUCUCUUGCUGAGAGUUUUGUUCUUCUUUGACGGCUAGGGUUUUGAUACUUGGGGUUCUUCUCUCUUCUCUUGGCAAUGGAAAGGAUGGAAAAUGCAGAAGUCGAUCUUGCAAAUCUUUCAUUGGCGGAUGAUGAGGAAGAGGGGCUGGUCUUCAACGGUGAAGAAGAGGUGCUGUAUGCGCAAAAAGGGGACUACAGUCACUACUUGGUGGGUCGAUUUCUCACAGAGCGGCCAGUCAAUUUCGAAGCUAUGAAGAAUACGAUGGCGUCUUUAUGGAGACCCGAGGAAGGUAUGUUGGUUAGGGAUUUGGGGAAUGGUCUGUAUGUGUUCCAGUUUGGGGCCAAAUCUGAGAUGAAUAGGGUGAUAGAUAUGAGUCCGUGGUCCUAUAACAACCACGCCCUAUUACUGGAGGUCGGUAAAGGGGAUGUAGAUCCAUCUGAAAUCCCUCUGAAUCAUCUACACAUUUGGGUUCAAAUUCAUGGUCUGAAGCGUGGUUUUUCUCGGAGAAGGUAGCACAACGCCUUGGGGAGGAUAUUGGGAUCUUUGUGGAAACAGAUCCUAAGAACUUCAUAAAUCCUUGGGCUUCGGUGAUGAGAGUAAGGGUGAAGUUGGACGUUCGGCAGCCACUAAAGCGAGGAAAGAAAUUGAAGAAGGAAGGGGGGGAGUGGUUCCUGGUUGAGUAUGCUUAUGAACGGCUCCCUACUUUCUGCUUUGUCUGUGGAGUCCUUGGGCAUGGGGAGAGAUUCUGCCCCAUUGUGCUGCGGAAUUGGGGGGCAAAGAUUGAGAGGAACUAUGGUCCGGAGAUGAGAGCUUCUGGCCGAAAGAUGGGCAUGGGGAUUGGGGCGAAGUGGUUAAGAGAGGAGCUACCUGUGCGAGGAAAAGAUGGUGUGAAAGUAAUGGCUUCUGAUAACUCUUGGGAUGGAAGACCUCAUAACAGUUGUAGAAUGAUGAAUGAAGGGUUUGUGAGCAAGAAAAUGUUGGGUCAAUCUAGUGUGCAGAAGGACCCCUUGAUGAUGGCACCAGUUGAGGGAAACACUCUGACCGAAGCUACAAUGGAAGAACAAGGAGAGGAUGGUCUGGUCUUCGUGGAUCCAAAGAAGAGGAAGACGCUGGAAGGUGUGAAUGCUAACGGAAGCUAUGGAACUAUCAUGGACGUGGAGCCAAAAAACUUGUCGGAGGCGGGUUCUGGGUGCCAGACCCGUCGAUCAGAAUGAGUUGCAUAAGUUGGAACUGUCGCGGGCUUGGCAACCCGCGAGCAGUGCAGACCCUUCAAGCCAUUAUUAGUGAUGUUAAACCUUUACUUAUUUUCCUUGUCGAGACACUUUGUCAUGCAGUUCGUAUUAAUGAAAUAAAAAUUAUGUUGGGUU